UUCAGGUAUUUCUAACGUUAGUUGCGGUCGUUUCUACUUUAGUGAUUGACAAAUUGUUAAGUGGUUUGGUCAUUUCAAUGAAAAUUUACUUAAAAAUGGAUAAUGACGACUCGAGUUCCUUCGAUUAUAGCAGACUUUUGCCAGAUAAGCCGAUUUUGUUCAAAGGGGUCCGCAGCUCAAAGUUCCGUCACGUGUACGGUGAGCCGGCUAAAAGGGACAAAUGUUACGAAAACAUUCAAAUCACAAAAAACGCACACGAUUCCCAAUUUUGUGCGGUAAAUCCCAAGUUUCUAGCGGUCGUUACUGAAGUAGCCGGUGGCGGAGCCUUUAUUGUUGUACCUAUUAAUUGCACCGGAAGGCUCGAUUUCAAUGCGCACAAAAUCACCGGUCAUUCCGGACCUAUUUUGGAUAUAAAAUGGAACCCGUUUAACGACAACGUUAUUGCUUCCUGUUCUGAUGACUGUACGAUUAAAUUAUGGCACAUCCCGGACGGUGGACUCGCGAUGCACCUGAACGACUGGCUGGUCGAACUGCAAGGCCACAAACGUAGAGUGGCCCAUAUCGAGUGGCAUCCUACCGCAGAAAACAUUCUUUUCAGCGCCGGAUUUGACCACUUGGUUAUCGUUUGGGACAUCGAGAGGGGACAAGCGGUAAACGUAAUCGACUGUCACAGGGACGCCAUUCAUUCCAUGUCGUUAAACCGCGACGGUAGCCUAUUGGCCACCACUUGUAAGGAUAAAAAGCUGAGAAUUAUCGAACCUAGGAGCGGCAUGGUUAAAUCGGAAGGAAUAUGCCACGAAGGGUCGAAGGCUAGUAAAGUUGCGUAUUUGGGGGCAUCCGGUAGACUUUUAACCACUGGAUUUUCCAGGCACUCUGACAGAAGGUAUGCAGUUUGGGACGAAAACAACCUCUCUAAGCCCCUUUUCAGCGACACAAUCGAUAGUUCGUCGGGAAUCGUGUUUCCCUUCUACGACGCAGACACCAACAUCGUAUUCUUAGCGGGAAAAGGAGACGGCAACAUUCGCUUUUACGAAAUAUCCAACGAACCACCGUAUAUACAUUAUUUGAGUCAAGUUAUAUCUGGAAAUCCACAACGUGGAUUAGGUGUAAUGCCAAAACGCGGCUUACGCACCACCCAAUGUGAAAUUUAUCGGUUUUACAAGCUACAUGCCACCAAAGGAUUAUGUGAGCCCAUUAGUAUGGUGGUACCGAGGAAAAGUGAUCAGUUCCACGAAGAUUUAUAUCCGGAUACUGUGGCACCCAAGCCUGCUUUAACUGCCCAGGAGUGGAUUAAAGGAGCUAACGCUUCUCCAGUUAUGAUGUCUAUGAAAACAGGUCAAAACCUCGCUUUAGACAUUCAAGCGAUAAAACAAAGAAAAUUCCUAAACAAAUCUAAAGAGCCGCCGUUCGUUGAUAACAACAAGCGCAAAUUUCAAUUUUUAUCCACCGAAACUGUUCCAGAUUAUCGACCUAAGGAAUUCCAAGACGAAAAGAGUAAAAAGACGACCACCAAUCAAACCACCAAGUUCCAACAGUUGCAGCAGAGAUGGUCGAAAACGAUCGAGGAUCCCAACAAAGACAUGCCGCUCUUUAAAGAAAUUAAUAGCAUAGGAGAUAAUAUACUUACCGAGCAUGAUCUAAGACUGGCCUAUCAGUCCCAGUCGGACGAAAUAAGAAAACUAAAGAAGCAACUCUCGAACAGCGAGCAACGGGUUCGAGAACUGGAAGAAAUCGUGAAAAAACUCUCGCAAAAAUAAGCGACUUUUGACUUUUUAGCUAUCGUGCUAAUUUUCACUUGUAGCACUGUUGCUUUUCAGCGGGUGCUAGCCGAAUAUUUAAUCACUUUUUACAAGUUACCUUUUUAAUUUUUGGUACUUUUUUUUCCAUUUUAUUGUUGUUGUCUAGACCUAGUCAAGCUCAAUUUUCUUCUUGCAUUUAUCUUUAUCAUAGUGAUUUAUUGUUGUACUGUUUUAUAUUUUUAUACCUAAUUUAUUAUUUUAAGUUUUAACUUAAGAUGCUUAAAUUCCAUUUUUAUAUUAGUUUAGGUAACAAACUGUCAGUAUUAUUGUGACCUUUGAUGAUUAAUUAGUAAUAUUUUUUGUAUGCCGAAUUAGCUUAGUAGCUUUACGAGCUUUCUGCCAAACGUGGAAUAUUUUUAUAGUCUAAAUAAACCAUAUAGAUAUUAGGCCA